CACUUGUGAUCAAAAUCUAAAGAUCCAAAAACUCUUUCAAACAUGGACCGAACCAUGUUUCUUUCCUUGGCAAUAGCCUCACUCUUGGUCGGAGUCGUCUCCGCUGGUGACUGGAACAUCUUGAACCAACUCAAAGGACUCGGUUCGUCCUCAAGCCAAAAAGGUAUCGUUUCUAAAGGGAUCAAGACGGACCUGAAAGGAUACUGUGAGAGCUGGAGGAUCAACGUGGAAGUUCACAACAUCAGAAAGUUCGAUGUUGUGCCUCAAGAGUGUGUAUCUCACAUCGAGGAUUACAUGACGUCGUCGCAGUACAAGGAUGACGUGGCGAGAACCGUUGAUGAGGUCAUUCUUCAUUUCGGAAGCAUGUGUUGUAGCAAGACUAAGUGUGAUGGCAUGGACGCUUGGAUCUUUGAUGUCGAUGACACGCUUCUCUCUACCAUACCUUACCACAAGAAAAAUGGCUUCUUCGGAGGAGACAAAUUGAACUCAACGAAAUUCGAGGAUUGGAUGAAGAAGAAGAAAGCACCAGCAGUGCCACACAUGAAGAAAUUGUACCAUGAGAUCAGAGAGAGAGGCAUUAAGAUCUUCUUGAUCUCUUCCCGGAAAGAAUACCUCAGGUCUGCCACCGUCGACAACCUCAUCCAAGCCGGUUACUAUGGCUGGUCCAACCUAAUGCUCAGGGGGCUAGAAGAUGAGCAAAAGGAAGUGAAACAAUACAAGUCAGAAAAGAGAACAUGGCUGACGAGUCUUGGUUACAGAGUUUGGGGAGUGAUGGGAGACCAAUGGAGCAGCUUUGCAGGUUGUCCUCUUCCUAAGAGAACCUUCAAGCUCCCUAACUCUAUCUACUAUGUCGCCUGAUCAAAACCAAACACAAAACUUUGAUUUAGCUUCUUUGAACAAGAAGAACCUGCGAAUAAGAGAGAGCAGUUUUG